UGAAGUCUAUGACCACCAGGAUGUUGCUUUAUGUGUGAUGAUGAUAUCUCAAUUUAUUUUCUGAAAUCCCAUUUAUAAGUAUUCAAGGAGAAACCUCUGAAUAUGAUAUUCUUCUUUUUCAAUCUAAUGCUUAUUUCAAGCCUAUUUUCUCAGCUUGGCAUUAUUUCCAUCUAACCAACGAGGCGUAAUUUAUUCUCUCAAAAGGAGAUGUUAAAAACCCAUCUCUGAGUGUGACUGAAUUGUUCGCCUCAGUGUUCCUCCUACAGAUUUCAGAAUAGAGCUUAAUUUUAAUUCAUUCCGUUUAAACUUGACAGUCAGCAUCUGAACAGAUGCAGCAAAUGAAAUUGCAUGAGCUCUCGCUCACCUCCUCAGCAGGGGACAACAGAGGGAGAGGAGACAGCAAGGACAGACACUCAGAUACAGUAUAUAGAUAAAGAAGAGGAGUGGACUGACUGAUAAAGCCUGCGAUAUAGAAAAGCAUCUGAGAUUCAUUGAGAGGAAGAAGGAAGCGCAUUUAAAUUCAGUCUGUGUUUCUCCUGCAUUACAAGCUCCACUAAGUGCUCUAGCAUGCAGUGUAGCAACAGGGAGCGAGGGAAAAUGGCAAAAUAUAGCCACAGAAAGGACACGAGGGGGUAACGCGAGGGGGUUAUCAGGAGUGCCCGUGACAACAUCAAUGGAAAAAGAGACAGAAAGAGCCUAAAUCCACAGGGAAGGGAUGCGGGAGGGGUUGUGGAGGUAGAGAAGCAGCAGAGACCAGGGAGGAGAGACGGCAGACGGUGGACUCCAGCCUCCUCUGCCUGUGUGGACUGGAGACAAGGCAACCCAGACGUGGCUCGCUUCUGGAUUCUGAUUGGCCGGAGUGGGCGGGGAGAAGCUGACGCAGAGAAAGUCAGGCAGGAAAAUGACAUUUACACCGUGUAUCAAUUUUAAACUCUGAGCCUGUGUCUGUCUUUGAAAAAAAAGGGGUGCGGUGGGAGGGGUGGGGUGGGGGGGGUUUGUCUGGGGAGGGCGUAAAUAAAUAAAGCGAGGAACUCAACGGGGGAAGAGCGGAACAAACAGAUCGCACACACCUGGAGCCAGCAGACUGUGAGCCUGUUGGUCUCAAGCAUCAGGAGGAUGUGAAUCACUCACUUUGACUGACUGCAUCCCAUUCAUCACUGUUUGUGGAGGAAUGUUCGCUUUUUAUCCGCUCUGUAAACCUACGGGCUGGACCAGAGGCUGUGUGGAACGGAGACAGUUACCUGCUGCUGCUGUGUCUCUCAUCAGACUGAUGUGAUGGCUGUCCCUUACAGAAAGGGAACCAGAGGCUGUGUGUCACAGAAAGAGUGAUUUAGACUCUCUUCUUGGCUGCACCAUCAUCUGGACCCCCCUGGAUGUUCUCUUGAUGUAUUGCUGUGGUCUGGGACACUGGCGGAGAGAACAGUCCACCUAUGGUUCGGCGGACCGUCAGGACUCAGGGGCCACUGAGGAGAAGGAGAAGAAUGCCCAAGUCCAGCUCGAGAAGGCCAAGUAUAAGCCUGUUGCAUUCGCCGUUCGCACAAACUUCACCUACACUCCUGCAGAUGAUGACAACGUCCCCAUACCAGGGCACGGGGUUUCCUUUGAAGCAAAAGACUUCCUACAUAUCAAAGAGAAGUUUAAUAAUGACUGGUGGAUUGGACGGCCUGUAAAGGAAGGGGGAGAGGUUGGUUUUAUCCCCAGCCCAGUGAACCUGGAGACGAUUCUGAUCAGGAGAGAGGUGCAGGCCAGGAAGGCCGCCAAAGCACUGGCCAAUAAAGCGGCUAGUUCUGCCAAAGAUGAUUUGAACGCAAAGAAAGCGGCUCCACCUCCAACAGUUCAGCAAGUGAAGAAGAAAUCGGGAGAGCAACUGGCUGCAUAUGACGUUGUGCCUUCCAUGCGUCCUGUGGUGCUCAUGGGGCCUUCGCUCAAGGGCUAUGAGGUUACGGACAUGAUGCAAAAAGCUCUCUUUGAUUUUUUAAAACACAGAUUUGAAGGAAGAAUAACUAUCACCCGGGUGACGGCAGAUAUUGCACUUGCCAAGCGGUCGAUCCUCAACAACCCCAGCAAACACGCCAUAAUGGAUCGCUCCAACACCCGCUCUAGUUUAGAUGCCGCGGCCCAAAUCCAAGGAGAGGUUGAGAGGAUUUUUGAGUUAGCACGCAGCCUACAGCUUGUGGUUCUGGAUGCCGACACCAUUAACCACCCUAUCCAACUAAGCAAGACCUCCUUGGCCCCAAUCCUGGUGUAUGUCAAGAUUUCAUCACCUAAGGUUCUCACAAGAUUGAUAAAGACCAGGGGAAAAUCUCAGACUAAACAUCUGAAUGUCCAGAUGGUGGCCGCAGACAAACUGGCCCAGUGUCCUAAUGAGCUGUUCGAUGUCAUCUUGGAUGAAAACCAGCUGUCGGAUGCCUGUGAACACAUCGCUGAUUACCUGGAGGCCUACUGGAGAGCCACACACCCUCCUGAAAUGGAACCUCCCAACCCCAUGCUGGAGAAACUGGCAGAAAACACACUCCCCACCAGCCCCACACCUGCUAAGGACGAACAGAAAACCAAGAAGACGGCUGCCACGAAAAGAAAAGGAUCUCAAGAGCACCAGCAGGAGCAUCUGCCCCAGGCUCAGGAGACGAGAGAGGAGGAGGAGGAGGAAGAGGAGGAGGAAGAGGAUGUGCAGGAGAAGGCCGAGGAGGAGGAGAGGCUCCUUCGUAGCGAGCCAAAGAGACACAGCCAUCACCAUCACCACCAUCAUCAUCACCACCGCUCCAGCACCAGCCGACCGACCGAGCCCCACAACAAACACCAGCACCACGUGCGCCACCAGCAGCACCCUGACACGGAGCAGCUUCCCACUAAAGACACUUCAUACACGGAGCCCCGGAGCAGGCGCGCUCUCCCGGACGAGGGCGAGCUGGACCAAACCGAGGUCUACCACAACAGGACUACAACUCAAAGGGACCAUAACCACCACCAUCACAACCAUCACCAUAGACAUCACCACCACCGCCGCGGCGGGACCACGGACAUUCAGCCGGAUUAUUCCCACCACGGGCAGCAGGACUACGAGCUGGAGCACAACGAGCACAACAGGCAACAGAGACAGCCGAUACAGCUGCGCUCGCACCAACAAUCACACCACUACGCUCACCCACACCACAACCACUAUCACUACCAGGGACGGGAAAGGGACAGGGACAGGGAGAGGGACAGAUGCGUGGAGACGGAGGAGUGGACUGAAGACAUGUACAUUCAUCGCUGAGAUGGACGUUGUUUUAAUGCUGCUAUGUGAUAUGCUGGCUACCGUGUACUCAGGAUAACAUGUUUUCUCUUUAUUUAUCCAUUCUGCUGAGUUAUUGCCUAUACUGGUCGACAUCUAACUUUCCUUGAUUUUGAGUCUGUCGUUCGUAUAAUUAGGUUUCCUUGGCUUUAUAUGCCUCUUGCUACAGUAUCAGGCCUGUGAUUACCAUAUUUUUAAAUGAUUUCAGCACGUUUGGUCCUUCCAAUUCCAUAUAUGGUUAAAUCCCUCAUAUACAUACAUAUUUUUCAAAUAAUUUCAUGAAACGCACAUAUGCAAACUGGUCAUACCCAUUUCUUAUCCAUCUUUAUUUGUCGCCCCUGAGAAAGAUAACUCUUUAGUUUCUCUUUCUUUGUUUUAAAUUGGUCUUUUGAGGGACAUGUGUUGCAACACUAGUGGUAGGUAUGAAAAUAUUAAGAAAAUAAUUAACAAGAAAUAUUAGCAUUUACACACAAAUAGGCUGUAUGCAGGGACUGGGCAAAAUUCACUCUGCUGCUAUUAGCUGCAUUAAAAUUAGGCAAACUAAAGAACCCUUUUAUGGUUGUCGUGGGCUUCUCACCUCAAGGACUGAAAGGUCCGUUUUUAGCAACAUCGAAACAAGGACAGUCUAGUCUAGUAGUUUUUAUUUAUUUUAUCCACCUUGUUUUCAACAUUUUUGACUUGAAUGUGCAAGGCUUCCAUUUUUUUAGCUGUACGAAAACAAUGUGUUAUGGCGCUUGAUAUUGCAAACUGGUAUAUGUUCUCAUAUUUUAAUUUAAUGUAAUAAUCACAGAGCAGAUAAUUUUACUGUUCACUGUACUUUUUUAUUAAUCAAGUUAUUUACCUACAGGGGCUAUUGAAGCAGAAGUCUCGCACAUUCAGAGGAAAUAGCUUCUGUUUUGUAUAUUUUCAGUGUUAUAGUACUUUCACCUAUCCUUACUUAAAACAGAGACAAGAAGAAAUUUGUAGGUUAAUUUAACUGAAAAGUAUAAACGCUGUGGCACAACAGUUGACCAUUUCGACCAGCCUGACAGCAACCGGAGCUCAACCAAUGACUGGGUCUGGGGGCAGGCCUAUAUAUUUUUCUGACCAAUGGCAGAUUGUGUGGGGCGAGGUGUUCAAGAAGCUUGUUUGAAAAGUUAUUAUUUUUGUAAUUCCGUUUGCUGACACUAAGGGGCUGUUUACACGACAGCCUUUUCAAGUAAAAAUGGAAAACUUUUUGCGUUUUUGCUGUUAAUUUACACAAAGGCUUUUUGGAGCUUAAAAACGGAAGCUUUUGAAAACGGGUUUUAAUGUUCAAGUUUUUAAAGACGAUACCAUUAUCGUGAAUUUGUGAAAACGGUGACGUCAUGCACAUGCCUAUUACGUGUUCAGUCAAUAGGCACGUAGUUUAUCUUUACAAAGUGACAUCGCCAACUACUGGCCUGGUAGCAUAAUACAGCGUUUUUAGUCAUUUUCACGAAUCCGUAUGAACAGGAUUGUUUUGACAACGUUGUCAUCUGUAUAAACACAAAACUUUUCCGUUUUUAGUACAUCGUCGUGUAAACAUACCCUGAGAGCAAUUACGAACUUUAAAGUCAAUGUAAAUUAUCAUUUGCAACCUAUUUUAUUUUCAUAAUCUGACCAAUUUUAGGUGGAGACAUUUGCAAUUUCAUGUUGGCUUUAAUGUAUACAUUGUUCAGUGUUUAGUUUGGCCAGGUUUUGUAGAUAGGUUUUGCCAUGACAAAAAUUAAUUCAGUAAAUUUUAAUGUUAUUAAAGGACUGUUUGUGUCAAUACAAAGAGCUUUAGCUGAUAACAUAGUCAUGUUAAAUCAACUCUCGAGCCAUAUUACUGUAUGUGUUCUUUGCUCAUGCAAAAUUAUUGCAAAGGAUGUUUAUGAACAGUUUGUUUUUCCAUAUAUAUUAUAUACAAUGUGAUAAUUUUAGCCAACCAGCUGCAUGUAUUUAUAAUUUUCAAAACGUUUAAGUAUAUACAGUAUGUACAUCAAAUGGAUAUCAUUUUUUUCUCAACCGCAAGUUUCAUGUUCAUAAAGUAAAAAGGCACACUCAAAUGUCUUGAGCGAAAAAAGUACGAUGAUUGAGAAAAUACCUGUUGUGCAACAACAUGGUAAAAGUUUUGUUUCCAGUUAUGUUAAAAAUGGAAAGAGAAAGAUGGCAACGAUAUAUAAGCACUCAAAUCUGUAUAUAUUCUUAAGUCACCUGGAACCAUGACUUUUAUUUACAUUUUAUACCUUUAUGUUUCCUGAGUACUCUAUGCAUUAGUUUGUGACAACACUAUAGCUUGAAAAUUGUUUCUAUGCAUUUGUACAUACCUCAUAAAUGCCUUUGUAGAUACUGGACUGAUAAAACUGAGUACAGAUACUGCUGCACUGUAAUAUAGAUGUACAUCUGUAUUCAGUUGAUCUGACUGUAUAUUGUCUUUAUUGAAAUGUUCUUCUGAACCAAUAAUGCACACGUCAAAUUUA